UAUCGACAUCUCGUAUAAAAAUGUCAUCAUCUAGACAUGGGUGAGCUGUAUAUAUAUAAGGACUAGCUUCCAAUCUCUCAACAAGAAAACAAACACCAAAGGCUGCAUGCUACUUCACAUUUUGAGCCUACAGGUUAUCAGUGAGAAAAAAUGAGCUGGUCAGGAGGAGACUGGAUGUGCUCUGCAUGCCAAUACAUGAAUUUUAGAAACCGAGAAGCAUGCCAACACUGUGGAUACCCAAAGUGUCAAGGCCCCGAUCCAGCAGAGUGGACAAGGAUCCUGCCUGGAGACUGGUAUUGCACUGCCCACAACUGCAGAGCUCACAACUAUGCCAGCAGGCCAAGCUGCUACAAAUGCGGUGCACACAAAAACCCUUAUGCCUCCGGGUGCCAAAGCAGCACUCACUAUGGAUCAGAAGUCACUUUUCCUCCUGGAUGGAAGUCCGGCGAUUGGAUUUGCCUUAGAAUGGGAUGUGGGGGACAUAAUUAUGCUAGUAGGACUGAAUGUUUCAGAUGCAAGGCACCCAAGGAUUUUGGUGGUACGAUUGAGUGAAAUUUCCGAUCAGACAUGCAACGUUAAUUGUCAGAUGAUGAAGCUAGCUAUCUCCUCUAUAGAAAAAUAUCUCCUUUUUCUAGUUACGUAUACAGUCGAAGACCCAAUUCAAAAGCAUAUACUAGCUACGUAAUUGGCUUUUUAUUGUAUGAUGCAUAUGUAGUUUAAUAAUUGGCGUUGCAAUAAAGAGGAGUUAAUUAAUUAAAAAGUUAAUAAAAAAAUAUAUUACUUAUGUAUAAAAAAGCAAAAUGAAAAAAAUUAUGGAAGGAAUGGAGUAAGUGUUACAAAAUCCAAAUUUGCUAAUUAAGAAAUGAUUAUAUGAUUAUUAUUCAAAUUACUUGAAACUUGUAACAAAUAUUAAUUUUUUGUAACAAAUUACAAAAAAAAUAUAUUUUGUAAUUCCAUGGUGGUGCGCAUUUGACGCUUGAAAUAAAUGCAUUAUACGAUUUGUUGGGUCUCUGCA